GAGAAGGAAUUUGAAAAGCAAAUAUCGGAAAACCAGAACAAGGGAGGAAGUGUGUGCAUUAGUGUGCAAAAUAAUGAACUUUGCAGCUGAAAUGCUGAUUCCCCAAGUGGAGAGAGCUGGUGGGGAAGGGAAGAGGACUAGGAGCCCAGCGUGGGUCUCAUCCUGUUUUUGACGGAAUUUCUCCAGGAGGAAAAGGAAUCUGGAAUCAGCCCUGCUCUCACCUCUGAGUGGCUCUGCUUCUAUUUCUGUCCAGUGAGACAAAUGAAUAGUUGCUACUUGAAGAAAUGCCCGAAGGUUUUUGGGUUUAGACACGUGCAGCUAUCUACGCAGUAGGAUUCCCAGUUCCACUGGCUUUGGACAACUCUGGGGCUUACAAUGCCGCCACCUGCGGACAUCGUCAAGGUGGCCAUAGAAUGGCCAGGCGCCUACCCCAAACUCAUGGAAAUUGACCAGAGAAAACCACUGUCUGCAAUAAUAAAGGAAGUCUGUGACGGGUGGUCUCUUGCCAACCAUGAGUAUUUUGCGCUGCAACAUGCCGAUAGUUCAAACUUCUAUAUCACCGAAAAGAAUCGAAACGAGAUAAAGAAUGGCACCAUCCUUCGAUUAACCACAUCUCCAGCUCAAAGCGCCCAGCAGCUCCAUGAACGAAUCCAGUCAUCGAGUAUGGAUGCCAAGCUGGAGGCCCUGAAGGACUUGGCCAGCCUCUCCCGUGACGUGACUUUUGCGCAGGAGUUUAUAAACCUGGAUGGCAUCUCUCUCCUCACGCAGAUGGUGGAAAGCGGCACAGAACGAUACCAGAAAUUACAGAAGAUUAUGAAGCCUUGCUUUGGAGACAUGCUGUCCUUCACCUUGACGGCCUUUGUGGAGCUGAUGGACCACGGCAUAGUGUCGUGGGAUACGUUUUCCGUGGCGUUCAUUAAGAAGAUUGCAAGUUUUGUGAACAAGUCAGCCAUAGACAUCUCAAUCCUUCAGCGGUCCUUGGCCAUUUUGGAGUCCAUGGUGCUCAAUAGCCAUGACCUCUACCAGAAGGUGGCGCAAGAGAUCACUAUCGGCCAGCUCAUUCCACACCUUCAAGGGACAGAUCAAGAAAUCCAAACCUAUACCAUUGCUGUGAUUAAUGCAUUAUUCUUGAAGGCUCCCGAUGAGAGGAGGCAGGAGAUGGCAAAUAUUUUGGCUCAGAAGCAGCUGCGUUCCAUCAUUUUAACACAUGUCAUCCGAGCUCAGCGGGCCAUCAACAACGAAAUGGCACAUCAGUUGUAUGUUCUGCAAGUGCUCACCUUUAACCUCCUGGAAGACAGGAUGAUGACCAAGAUGGACCCCCAGGACCAGGCUCAGAGGGACAUCAUAUUUGAACUUCGAAGAAUUGCUUUCGAUGCGGAGUCUGAGCCUAAUAACAGCAGCGGCAGCAUGGAGAAACGCAAGUCCAUGUACACCCGGGAUUACAAAAAACUUGGCUUCAUUAAUCAUGUCAACCCGGCCAUGGACUUCACACAGACUCCUCCUGGAAUGUUGGCUCUGGACAACAUGCUGUACUUUGCUAAACACCACCAAGAUGCCUACAUCCGGAUUGUGCUGGAGAACAGUAGCCGAGAAGAUAAGCAUGAGUGUCCCUUUGGCCGCAGUAGUAUAGAGCUGACCAAGAUGCUGUGUGAGAUCUUGAAAGUGGGCGAGCUGCCUAGUGAGACGUGCAACGACUUCCACCCGAUGUUCUUCACCCACGACAGAUCCUUUGAGGAGUUUUUCUGCAUCUGUAUCCAGCUUCUGAACAAGACCUGGAAGGAAAUGAGGGCUACCUCGGAAGACUUCAAUAAGGUAAUGCAGGUGGUGAAAGAGCAGGUUAUGAGAGCACUUACAACCAAGCCUAGCUCCCUGGACCAGUUCAAGAGCAAACUACAGAACCUGAGCUACACGGAGAUCCUGAAAAUCCGCCAGUCUGAGAGGAUGAACCAGGAGGAUUUCCAGUCUCGCCCGAUUUUGGAACUAAAGGAGAAGAUCCAGCCAGAAAUCUUAGAGCUGAUCAAACAGCAGCGCCUGAACCGCCUCGUGGAAGGUACUUGCUUUAGGAAACUCAAUGCCCGGCGGAGACAAGACAAGUUCUGGUAUUGUCGGCUUUCACCAAAUCACAAGGUCCUGCAUUAUGGAGAUCUGGAAGAAAGUCCACAGGGAGAAGUGCCCCAUGAUUCUUUGCAGGACAAAUUGCCAGUGGCAGAUAUCAAAGCUGUGGUGACGGGAAAGGACUGCCCCCACAUGAAAGAGAAAGGUGCCCUUAAACAAAACAAGGAGGUGCUUGAACUUGCUUUCUCCAUCUUGUAUGACUCCAACUGCCAACUGAACUUCAUCGCUCCUGACAAGCAUGAGUACUGUAUCUGGACAGAUGGCUUGAAUGCACUGCUCGGGAAGGACAUGAUGAGCGACCUGACACGGAAUGACCUGGACACCCUGCUCAGCAUGGAGAUCAAGCUCCGCCUCCUGGACCUGGAAAACAUUCAGAUCCCCGACGCACCCCCGCCCAUCCCCAAGGAGCCCAGCAACUACGACUUUGUCUAUGACUGUAACUGAAGUGGUGGGGCCUGGCCACGCCCCCCCCCCUCCAAAACUGGAAAAUCUAGCUAACAGGAGAGAGGAAUGAAAACACGCCCACGCCUAGGAAUCCUCUUUUGGAAAAGGGAAGCUCUAGGUCAACACUUCUUGCAGCCUCCUCUCUGGCCCCAGCAUUUUGUGGCCCCUGCCUGGUGUCUUGCUCACCUCCCUGACUCUGUCUCUCGAUUCCACUGCUUUAAAUCACUUCCCGUUGCUGCAGUCCAGUGGUGGGACAAGAGCAAAAGUCACCACCAAUAAGAGAGCAAAAGGGCCCUUCUAGCCGAACCCCCUCUUCCUUCAUGGAGUAGGAAAACCAGCAGCCCCAGACUGCCCCCAGACUUGUCCUGCACCCAAGGGCAGGUCCACAGGAGGCAGCCUAGCUGCUUGAUGAGAAGACAAACCAAACACCACAUCCUCCAUCUCCUUCUCUCUAGGGUCAACUCACACUACCAGUUCCAUUCGAGUUGAGAACUGCUUUCAAAUCUCUCUCCUCCAUCCCAACUUUGACCUUGCCCUGGUCCUUUUGGCCCCAAAAGCAGCAGCAGCAACAGCAGCAGCAGCAGCAGCAGCAGCCUCAUCAUAGUCCUCGCCAGCACUGGCUCUCCCAGACAGCCCACAGAACAAGGGCCCACGCUAACCUCGCGUCUGCACUGUGACCGUGACCAACCUUCCCUCUGCACUAGCUAGUCUUGGGUUUCCUCUCCCUGCCCCAGCCCAGAUCUGCCUUCAUUUCCACACACGCUCCUAGCCUCUUAGCUGAAAGCACAAAUGGUGAAAUCAGUAGUUAUGCUCCAUCUCUAAUAGACUAAACCUAAAAGCCUCUCCGUCAGGCGUUGCUCUCUGAGGGUUUGGUGUGACCUUCUCCUGAAGGGUCCUGGUGCAACACAGGUCCGCAGGAUGGUCCAGACAUCCAAGUUUACAUCAUUGUAAUUAUUACAGGUAUUUACGUUCUGCAAGGGUUUGGGGUUCAGUUUGUUUUUUGUUUGUUGUUUUUCUUUUUCCUUUUGUUUUUGUACAAAAGAGUCUAACAUUUUUUGCCAAACAGAUAUAUAUUUAAUGAAAAGAAGAGAUACAUAAAUGUGUGUACUUUUCAAUUUUUUUUAAUUAUUUUAAUCCCAAACAUCUUCCUAAGAAUAACAUUCCCUUAAACAUGCUGUGGAAUAAACUUAAUUGUGAUGACUUGG